AUGUAUUACUGGUCCUUUGAGAAGAGAACAGCCACAUUUCUGCAAGGGUGUCACCUGGUGUGUAACUGGAAUGGUUCAACACGUUUCUUGAUCGGAUCAGAAUCUGCGCUCUCUGUUCAGCCUGCUCUGCUCAGGCUGGCCUCAGUCCAACACCACACCUCCUGCAGCUGUGGGCUGAACCAGGAAGUCACUCCCCCUCUCUCUGUCACGCAGUUUCAGAGAAACGAAACUUAACUCUGUCUCUGUUAGUGUGAGCAGUAAAAUGGCUGAAGGUGGAGGUUUACUGGAUCAGGACCAGUUGAGCUGUCCGAUCUGUCUGGAUCUGCUGAAGGAUCCGGUGACUAUUCCCUGUGGACACAGUUUCUGUAUGGGCUGUAUUAAGGGCUACUGGGAUCAGGAUGAGCAUACUGGUGUCUACAGCUGUCCCCAGUGCAGACGGACCUUCACUCCAAGGCCUGUUCUGGGCAGAAACAUCAUGCUGGCUGAAGUGGUGGAGAAACUGAAGAAGACAGGACACCAAGCUGCUCCUCCUGCUCACUGUUACGCUGUUCCUGGAGAUGUGGCGUGUGAUUUCUGCACUGGGAGAAAGCGCAAAGCCGGCAAGUCCUGUCUUGCUUGUCUGGCCUCUUACUGUGAAACUCACCUCCAGCCUCACUAUGAAUCUCCUGCCUUUAAGAAGCACAAACUGGUCAAAGCCACUGGAAACCUGCAGGAGAAGAUCUGCUCUCAUCAUGACAAACUGCUGGAGGUUUACUGUCGUACUGAUCAGCAGUGUAUCUGUCUGCUGUGUGUGAUGGAUGAACACAGAGGCCAUGAUACAGUCUCAGCUGCAGCAGAAAGGACUGAGAAACAGAAGCAGCUGGGGGCGACACAGAGAGAAUUCCAGCGGAGAAUCCAGGAGAGAGAGAAGGAGCUGCAGGAUCUGAGACAGACUGUGCAGUCACUCCAGCGCUCUGCACAGGCAGCAGUGGAGGACAGUGAGAGGAUCUUUACUGAGCUGAUCAGCUUAAUUGAGAGAAGGCGCUCUGAGGUGAAAGAGCUGAUCAGAGAUCAGGAGAAGGCUGAAGUGAGUCGGGCUGAAGGACUCCUGGAGCGACUGGAGCAGGAGAUUGCUGAGCUGAGGAGGAGAGACACUGAGCUGGAGCAGCUUUCACACACAGAGGAUCACAUCCAGUUCCUCCAGAGCUGUCAGCCUCUCUGUGCCCUUCCUGGACCUGAAGACUUACCCAGCAUCGCUGUCAGUCCACACGUCUCUUUUGAGGCUGUGAGGAAAUCUGUCUCUGAACUGAAAGAGCAGCUGGAAGAGCUGAUCAAAGCUUCUGGAAAAGUGAAAGAAGCCAACAUUCUAGAGCUCAAGACCAGAGAGGACUUCUUACAAUAUUCCUGUCAGCUCAUACUGGACCCCAACACAGCACAUCUAUAUCUCGGUCUGUCUGAGGGGAACAGAGAGGUGACUUAUGUGGGAGGGAUCCAGCCAUAUCCUUAUCAUCCAAAGAGAUUUGAAUACCGGCCCCAAGUGCUGUGCAGAGAGGGUCUGUCUGGACGCUGUUACUGGGAGGCUGAGUGGAGUGGGGAUAAACUUUUUAUAGCAGUGUCAUAUAAAGAGAUCAGCAGGAAAGGAGGCAGUGAUGACUCUGCUCUGGGACAGAAUAACAAGUCCUGGAGUUUGCGCUGUAACGGCGUUUACUCUUUCUGGCACAAUAAUUUGCACACUAAAAUCCAUGUUCCCUCCUCCAGAAUAGGAGUGUACCUGGAUCACAGGGCAGGAACUCUGUCCUUCUACAGCGUCUCUGACACAAUGACCCUCCUGCACAGAGUCCAGACCACAUUCACUCAGCCCCUCUAUCCUGCGUUUGGGGUUUGGUGGGUUGGAUCCUCUGUAAAACUGUGUGAUCUGGUAUGAGGCAGCAAGUGAAGGGAAGAUCAGCUGUAAUUAUAGAGAGGGGAAUACACUGAAAUACGACAGAAAAUGAGUUCAAUUAAAUGAAAUAUUGAACUUUAAAAGAUUAACUGGUUGAAAUAAAAAUGGAAUCCAGACCACAUUCACUCAGCCCAUCUGUUCUGGGGUUUGCUUGCACUCUCAUCACGUUUACGGUGACUAUCUUAUUUUAGUUUGCUGUCACGGCCAAGAUUCAGUUCAAGGUGUUUUAUAAUUCUGUCUGCUGUUUCUUUUUGGAUUGAUUAUGUGAUAAUGCUGGGAAAUUGGGCAUUGAUUAAUAAAAAUAAUAAAAUUAAUAAAAAUAA